ACCGCAAAGCAUAUUCUUAUUCCUGGGAUCGCCGAUCCUCCUCGUUUUCGCGAUCCGAUCUCCUCGACAACUCAACACUCCAUCUGUGAACCUAGCCAAUUUCCCGGGAUCAAAGCUAGCCCCGCAGAUGUCACCCCCUUGUCGUCGAACUUCAUAGACUGGCCUGCUUCAACAGAAAAUGUGAGAGGCAGGGAACGACGACUACGGCAGAGUGGUUGGCCACUUCCUGGCAGGAUUGCUUCUACCAACGUUCUGGAAUCCAGUUCAGACGAAAUCAUGAAUGCCCGACCUCGCGAUUUAGAGCUUCUUCUGACGGCGCAACAGUUCAACGAUGUAGUAGAAUACCUUGCAGUUCCAGACAGUAUUUGCACGCCUAGAGCUCUUGCAGUGAUACAGGAUGCUACUUAA